GUGGUAUCGCCCUCGAACAAGCAGAGGGUGCCAAAUAUUUGACAAACUAGCAAAUCGUUGGGCUAGCUAGCCAGAAGUUUCAAGAAAACAUCGAUAUAAAUUUAAUUUCCCUACACUUGAGCCACUGAAGUGUAUGCCAAGGAUUUAGGUUUCCGUGUAAACAGAAUGUCAACCCCAGCAAGACGACGUUUAAUGAGAGAUUUUAAACGGCUGCAAGAGGAUCCUCCAGCUGGUGUUAGUGGUGCUCCAUCAGAAAACAAUAUCAUGGUCUGGAAUGCUGUCAUAUUUGGACCUGAGGGAACACCUUUUGAAGAUGGAACCUUCAAACUAACAAUUGAAUUCACAGAGGAAUAUCCAAAUAAACCUCCAACAGUGCGAUUUGUCUCCAAAAUGUUUCAUCCAAAUGUGUAUGCAGAUGGCAGCAUAUGCUUAGAUAUACUUCAGAAUCGUUGGAGUCCAACCUAUGAUGUCUCUUCUAUCUUAACUUCAAUACAGUCUUUACUGGAUGAGCCAAACCCAAACAGUCCAGCCAACAGCCAAGCAGCCCAGUUGUACCAGGAAAACAAGCGGGAGUACGAGAAGAGGGUUUCCGCUAUUGUUGAACAGAGUUGGCGUGACUGUUGACCCCUGUGAUGGUUCAAGUAUGAACAGUGUCCAGCCCAGAUUCAAGAUACCACCAAUGGAGAAAAGAACAAACUAUCUCACAACGUACAAUGACACAUCUAAAAAAAAAUUCAUUCUCAGUAUAUUUGUUCCAUAACCGUUGCUAAGUUUGUAUGCUGUUGUGUUGUGGCAUUCACUCCUGCCAAGUGCUAUUGAUGAGCAAUAGCAUAUGUUUGUUUAAAGUCAAUGUACCUUGUUAUAUCUGGGUUACUUGCUAAAUGCCCCCUUUUUUUCUCCAUGAAGGCAUCUUUAAGUUGUCACUUUUGACCUUUUAUCAUAAAUUAAACUGGUUUGAUAAUGCAGUGACAAUUAGAUUUGCUUGCUGUGGGGUUUGCUGUGAAGAUACCAACAGUUAAUAUCUAAAAAAAAAAAAAAAAAAAAGAUUUUUUCUUUUGUUUCAGUGGUCUUACUGCUUUUGUUUUUCUUCCUUUAUGCAUUUUAAAAGCCUCUCAGAGUGAUGGAAAGUUAACCUGGUGUGGAAAUCCAUCCCUCUGACAAUUAUGUGCACUCAACAGAGAUGCCAUUAAGGGUCUUUUUUUUUCCCCCCAAAUGUACCUCUAAAUCCAUGCUUUUGAUUUGAAAACUGUUCCAGAUAUUGGUGAAAGUAUAAACAUGUCCCCCUACAACUCAGAAACAAAACAUAGUUACCUUUCUAGGCACUUCUUUGUUUCAUUCUGGUGACAUUCAAAUGCUGUGUGAGUGUUUCUAUGCUAUUUUACAAUCUUAUAAAUCAGCUGUCAUAAUAGGCUGAUUCAACCGUUCAAACAGGAUGGUGUUUUCAGAUUUAAAAAAAAGUUUGCACUGGUAACCCAUGUAACAAACUGUACAUUUUCUUGUAAAUAAAAUAAAUAUACAGAAGGCGA